AUGGACUUGAGCAAGUCUAUUUGCUUGACGUAAAUCUCGCAAUUUCUCUCGACGAACGAGAUCCUUUUCACCGGCACCACCAUUACAACUAGCAGGUAAGGAUACGGCAGAACCAUGGGUGCGUACAAGUACAUACAGGAGUUAUACAGGAAGAAGCAGACUGAUGUUUUGAGGUUUCUUCUCCGAGUUAGGUGCUGGCAAUACCGCCAAUUGUCUGCUGUUCAUAGGGCCACCCGUCCCACUCGCCCAGACAAGGCCAGGAGGCUGGGAUUCAGGGCUAAGCAGGGUUACAUCAUCUACCGAGUCCGAGUUCGCCGUGGUGGACGCAAACGUCCAGUUCCUAAGGGAUGUACAUAUGGUAAACCAAAGACCCAUGGAGUGAACCAGCUUAAGUUCCAGCGCUCUCACAGAUCCAUUGCAGAGGAGCGUGUUGGUCGCAGGUGUGGAGCCCUCCGAGUGCUCAACUCCUAUUGGGUAGCUCAGGAUUCCAGCUAUAAAUUUUUUGAAGUGAUUCUGGUUGAUCCCUUCCAUAAGGCUAUCCGCAGAGACCCAAAAAUACAGUGGAUCUGCAAGGCUGUCCACAAGCACAGGGAGCUUCGCGGUCUUACUUCUGCUGGAAAAAGUUCCCGUGGCCUUGGAAAGGGUCAUGGAUUCCACAAAACUGUUGGAGGUUCUCGCAGGGCAAACUGGAAGAGGCAGAAUUCUCUCAGUCUCCGCAGAAAGCGUUAGUAAUAACGCUUGCCUUUUUUUCCUUUUUUUUUUAACUUGCUUGGUUAGAAAUAGCUGAGCAACUGCCCUGUGCAGAUCAAAAAAAUAAUUUGAUGGAAUAAUAAAACAUCAGCAGAAGAAAA